CUGCUCCUGCUGCUGCUGAUGCAGCUCGGCCAGGGUCUCUCCCCGGCCGCAGAGUUGUAUAGUCUGGAAAUAACCAACAAUGGUCCCAUCACAACGGGAGCUCAAGCUACUGUUCAGGCCAGCCUAAGAAUGAAGAAUGAAAAUGCCACAUCAAACUUGUAUCACUUUAACUGGAUUUAUGCUCCUCUGAUUCUGAUAGAGAAAUCUGAGCAGCAAUUUAAUUCUGUAAUUAAUGUGACUGGUGAAUUUCCUGGUACUUUCCCUGUGUCUGUCUGGGUGACUCACAAAAACUGCUGGUUGUGUCAGCCAGUUGUAAGAAACAACACCGUGCUUCAGAUUACAGAAUUUAUCACAGGGAACCUCACCAUUGCCCAGAUAGAAGACAGCAGAGUUACCACACAUGGUCCUAGUUCCUCCAUGGACACAGUGACCCGGAUUUCUUUCUCUCUUCAUGACCCAAGUCAUUACUUCAAGACAGCAUCAUUCGUCUACAACUGGGAUUUUGGAGAUGGAGUUUACCAGAUUACCAAGGAACCCUUUGUCUACUGCAACUGCUCCUCCUUGGGGAAUCGGACAGUGCAUCUGAAGGUCGUGGCUGAAUGGGAGCAAAUUGGAAGCAUCAUACACGAAAGAGAAAUUAUGCAGAAAACUGGUGAUUUUACUACAGCUCUGGAGCUCUUGGAUGCUGUUAGAAGUAUUAACAUAGUGGGCUCCAGAGAGACUCAUGUAAUGGAAAAUUUGAAUUUAUCCCUUCAUAUCAAUGGCACCCCACCACUGUCAUUAUGCUGGCUUAUAAAAUCCGAGUGCAUUCCACUUGAAGGUGACAAAUGCCAUCUGGUGGAGAUCAGUGGCUCCUGCUACAACCUCAGCCACACCUUCAGGGACGCGGGACAGUAUUGCCUCAGCGUCAGGGUGGAGAACGGCGUGACAGCGCUGCAGACGUACCACGGGAUCCAAGUGCGGCCGGCAGGAAUCCACCCAGCUUUCUUUGUCCUGCUCUGCACUGCUCUGGUUUCAGUGAUGCUGGUCCUGGUGCUGUACACAACUUUUCGAAGUAACACACAACAAAAAGAUCUUGUGGAGGUAGCUGACUUUGACUUUUCUCCACUGUCUGAUGAGCACUGGUCUAAUCAUUCCAAGUCAGGCUGUGGCCCAGUAUGUUGCAGAUCAUGUUUACUUCAACCAUCAAAAGAAGCUGCCUGGGAGAGCCAUGAACUUCUACAUCCACUUUACAAGCCAGUCAAAAUGUACACACUGUGAAGAACACAAUUGCACUUUGGUUGCACUAACUGUCUAACUUUCUCACUUAGGUUAAGUCAAAAUCCUGGUGCUGCAUGAAUGGUUUGGUUUUGCCAAUGCAAUGAGGUUCACCA